AUGUUGCGCUUUCAAUCCACGUUUUCUCUUUCAAAAAUUGCAGCAAGAGCCUCAUUGAAGAAUCAGAUGUUAAAGAGAAACUAUUCAAGAGCUGUAGUCUCUCCUUAUUCCACUGAUUUCGUAAAGAUCGUCGAGGUCGGCCCAAGAGAUGGUCUUCAAAACGAAAAGACUCUUGUCCCUGCUCAAGUUAAAAUCGAAUUGAUCGAGAGAUUAGCGAAUAACGGCUUGUCAGUUGUGGAGGCCACUAGUUUUGUUAGUCCUAAAUGGGUUCCUCAGAUGGGUGAUAACAAGCAAGUAUUGACCUCUAUCAAGAAGAAGCCCGGUGUCUUUUACCCUGUCUUGACUCCAAACCUCAAGGGAUUAGAAGGUGCUGUUGCUGCCGGAGCUGAGGAAGUCGCUCUUUUCACUGCUGUAACAGAAUCAUUCAACCGCAAAAAUACAAACUGCUCCACAGAAGAAUCACUUGUACGAGCCAAGGAUGUUUUGAAAAAGGCAUUGGAUCAAAAUUUGCGUGUGAGAGGUUAUCUUUCAUGUGUAUUAGGCUGUCCCUACGAAGGCAAGGUCAAUCCUGAAAAGGUGGCUGAAUUAGCUAAAGAAUUGUAUGAUGCUGGAUGUUAUGAGAUCAGUUUGGGUGAUACCAUUGGUGUUGGUACCGCUGGUUCCAUGGCUACUUUAUUGGAGCAUGUCCUCAAGGUUGUUCCUAUUGAAGCUGUCGCUGUGCAUUGUCAUGAUACCUAUGGUCAAGCACUGGCUAAUAUCCUAAAGGCAUUGGAGUAUGGUGUUCGAGUCGUUGAUAGCUCCGUUGCUGGUCUUGGUGGCUGUCCUUAUGCUCCUGGCGCCAAGGGAAACGUGGCUACGGAGGAUGUUGUUUACAUGUUGAAUGGCUUGGGUUUAAAGACCGGUGUUGACUUGGAUGCUCUCAUUGAUACUGGUGAUUGGAUCUCUGAGCAAUUGGGUAGACCUACCAAUUCAAGAGCUGCUGCUGCAUUGAUCACUGCUCGUAAGAGAAGACAAGAGCUGGAAAAGGCUGCUUGUGUAGAUUCGAAGGCUGCAAAGCUUUAA